AUGCACCCCGGGGCGCCCGCCGCCCCUGGAGUGUCGGAGCCCACCCCCCGAGAGCUGUGUGCCUUUGUGAGCAGGGCGGCCACCCACGUGCUGCGGGCCCUGCACCCCCGGCGGCCCCGGCCCCCCAAAAGGAGGCCCAACCACCGGAGGUUCCUGCACAAUCAGAUCUGCAGGCAGUUUGCCAGGAUCGAGGCUGCCACCCAGCGCCUGGCCCUGUCCAUCCUGUCCCAGGAGGCGCCUCCCCGGAGACCGCUGCCCCGCAGACCGCCCCCGCCGCCCCCGUCCCCCUUCCUGGGCGUGGCCCGCGCCCUGGCCCCCAGCGAGGAGGUGCCCGGGGCCGGCCCCCGCCUGAGCCUGGCCGCGCUGGAGGCCUCCGGCCUGGACCUCCUCCCCAGCAUCUCGCUCUCCCCGGAGCCGGAGCCGCCCCCGAUGCCCGCCGGCCCUUCCCGGCCUGCAGGCGGCCAGCCAGACCUCCAGGAGGGCCUGCGUCCCUGCGACCCCCCGCCCCUGCCCCUGCCCCCGUCCCCGCCCCCGCCCCCGCCUGGCCUGCGGGGAGGGCCCCAGCUCCUGGUCCCCGAGGGCGCCUGGGGGGGCAGGUGGGAGGUGAUGCCCUGUGCUCACCUUUCUCAGGGGGAUCCUGAGGGCUGGGGGGCCCCUGAGGCCUGGGGGACCUGCUUCCCAUGA